AUGAUACACAGCGACACAAGGCUACCAAUUCGUUGCCGCCACCGCUUGUGUCACCCUUACCCUCGCCUCGUCAGACUUAACAACGCCUACCAGUUCCUUGAGCGCCUCCAUCGGAUUCCGCUCUCCGCCAAACACAACCUUCCCUCCCACCUUCCCCGCCUCCAGUAUCUCUGCCGUCUCCCUAGCCGCCUCCACCCUCAAUUCUGUCCUCACGUGCGACAACCCGGCGUUCAACGUCGCCGCCAUUAACCUUGCCAACGGCCUCACUUUCUUCAUCUCCCUACGCAUCUCACACUCGUCUCCCUCCCGGCCUUCCUCACGCCGAUCGCCUCAUCGCACAGCGCGUCCAACCGACGCGAACAGCACGCGGGCCAUGGCCCAACGGGAGGCCGGGUGGAGCGACGAGCUCGCCGACCCGCUCGCGCACACUCUCCCCACGGGAGAGCCUCGUGGUGCAGGCGCAGACCAGUUUCAACAGCUCAGGACGUGUCUCGCAAACUUUGCGCAGGAGUCGCACGACAGGCUCACAGCGCACGAACGGCGCGCCCAGGAGCUGCUUCGUCGCAUCGGCGAGGCGGAAAACGGCGGGCCCAUGUGAGAGAGGCGCUGGAAGUGGGGAGAUAGCGCCUUGUGGAACUCGACGCUAGCGAGCUGUUGCGUCGCGCUUGCGGUAGAGUCGGGUGCCAUUGCGUAAAUUGUACCCUGCCUGACAGCGCCGUUGAUUUUCUGCACGGUGAGACGGCGAGGGAGACGGCGGGAGGGGCUGCCGCAAAUGGCGGGCGGGACGAAGCGGAAGCGCGGAGUCGGCGAGGGACAGUGCUACACAAGCGCGAUGGCGUUACCAGCACCGGAAAGCGCGGUCUGACACGGGCGCAAAGGUGGCAAGCGGGAGCGAACCGUUCAGGGAGUUGAGCGUCUGGUCGGGAGCUGGAGGCACUUCGUGAUGGAGGUCUAGAUUAGCGGGGAAUGCUACGACGCGGGCUGCUGCGGUUACCCGCGAGAGGGAGGAAGCGGGCGGUGGCGUGGGGGGGCCGCCCGCAACCUGAAACGCACACAAACUCUCCGCAAACAUGUAAUCUUGAUAGUCCUUGAUAGCAUGUGCCAUUUUCAUUGCCAAAUUAAGAGUUGCUGUGGU